UCUUUCUUUCUGAAGUGUCUAUCUGAAAAUGAGGUCUACACUUUGAGUUUGCGUAUAAUCGAAUUAGUUUUUCGAGCUUAACGUUAUUCCUGUUCCUUUGAUUUUUCGCUAAAGUUAAAUGGCCGAGAGUCGUGGUAACUUCCGUGGUGGAUUCGGCAGAGGUGGCUCUCGUGGCAGAGGACGCGGACGUGGUCGUGGCCGUGGCAGAGGUAAGGAAGCCGAGAAAGAAUGGGUGCCAGUAACCAAGUUGGGCCGUUUAGUCAAGGAUGGCAAAAUCUCCUCGUUGGAAGAAAUCUACUUGUUCUCGUUGCCGAUCAAGGAAUUCGAAAUCAUUGAUUUUUUUAUUGGUUCUUCCUUGAACGAUGAAGUAUUGAAAAUCAUGCCUGUCCAAAAACAAACUCGUGCUGGUCAACGUACUAGAUUCAAGGCUUUCGUAGCUAUUGGUGAUUCUAACGGACAUAUUGGAUUGGGUGUUAAAUGCUCAAAAGAAGUAGCAACAGCCAUCAGAGGUGCUAUAAUUUUAGCCAAAUUAUCUGUAGUUCCAGUAAGACGAGGUUACUGGGGAAACAAAAUUGGAAAGCCACAUACAGUUCCAUGCAAAGUUACAGGAAAAUGUGGAUCAGUUGCAGUGCGUUUGAUUCCAGCUCCAAGAGGUACUGGAAUUGUCAGUGCUCCUGUACCAAAAAAACUUUUAACCAUGGCUGGAAUUGAAGAUUGUUAUACAUCUGCCCGUGGUUCAACUGGUACUCUUGGCAAUUUUGCUAAGGCUACUUAUGCUGCUAUCGCAAAGACAUAUGCUUAUUUGACACCUGAUUUGUGGAAAGAUGUACCACUUAAGAAGACCCCAUAUUCUGAGUUUGCAGACCAUCUUUCAAAAUGCCACAAAGUCGCCCAGAAUGUCAGGGCUGACGUUUAAUUUUAUACAUGUUGAUUAUAUGAUGCAGGCAUAUUAUACAUUGCUUAGUAUCAAAUAAAAUGAUUUAAAAAACCAA